AACCAAGUAGGCAGCCCUGUGUCAAAAUUUGUAUAUCGAUAGUGCCGCUGCUUUGUUGCUUCAUUCUUAAAUUGUUGAUCUUGAAAUAACUUAAAAAAUGAUCGGUAGACUUUCUUUUUGGCACAGGGACAACGUUUCCAAUGAGGUGGACUGCUUGGGCUGUCGUCUGGUCAGUGGCAUUGGACUCCUGGGCAUCGGUGCCUUCCUCUUGGCACAGUCCAAGAAGAGGCGUUCAAAGCCCCUGGAGAAUUACACUAUGAAGGGGUUGGCAGCAGCCGUUGGACUACUGGGCGUGGCCCGCCUGGCAGACGCGAAUUUCCUGAAGGCAACCGCCGAGGAACCACCGGAACAGGAAACAAAGACUUCAAAGACUGGCACGGAUCAUCAGUUCUUUUCUAGGCGUUAAUUCAAAUAGAUUAUUAUUAAUUAUAAUUGCAUAAUUGCUAACUAUAAAAGAAUAAUGUAUUCUUUUGUAUGAGCGCAUUGGCAGUAAGAUAAUGUAGCUCUUAUUUUAGAAUCUAUCUGUUCAAAAGCAUAUAAAACAAAGGC